AUGGAGGCUGCUUUGGAGCAGCAGAUGAUCCAGAAUCGCCAGCUGAAUGGAGGAGGCGGGGAGCGGUUAGUGGCUGAAUGCGACAAGUUGUACCACAGCCUGGACAAGGCCAACAGCAAGAAGUCGAAGUACAAGAAAACCGGCCUCCAACUCCAAGAAAAGCUGCGUCGUGCACUCAAACAAGUAGCGGGGCUCCAGGCCGACCAGGAAAAGCUGUGUCGCGCGCUCAAGCAGGUAUCGGGGCUUCAGGACGAACUGGGCGAGGCGCAGGAUUCUCUAUCCGCCCGAUCCGCUGAGUGUGAUCAAUUGCGUCGCUUCGUAUCGGAUCGUGACGUUACGUUGGACCAGACGCGAGUUCAGUUCGCGGACGUGGCUUUCGAACGUGAUUGCGCAAUACGAGAUCACACGACCCUUCGGGAUCGCAUGGCGUCGCUGGUGUCUGGGGAUACUUCAGCCAAACCUACGAAGGUGGGAUCGUCUACCCACACGCCCGUUCCCGCGAUCCUCAGCCGAUGUCGAACGGUUUAG